ACUCCUCGGGCAAGCCUCUGACUACUCGGAGACAGCCGGAGUAUUCAGUCCAGAAGGAAGAGUCGUCGCCGGCCUCCGACGACUCGACACUGUCCAAACUCGAGACAGCACUCAUCGGACUGAGCCGGCUGGGCCGAUGGCGGGGCCAGGCGCGCUCUGGGAGGCCCUCUGGGCACUCCUGCCCCGCACGAAAGAGGAGCUGAAGCUGGAGCUGGGAGAGAAGGUGGAGGGCAGCGUGGUGCUGCUGCUGCAGGAAGCCGCCGAGCUCUUCUACGGGGACAGGAGGCGAGAGUGUCUGCAGACCUGCGAGGUGCUGCUCGACUACUCCUGGGAGAAGCUGAACACAGGGCCCUGGCAGCACGUGGAGAAGGACUGGCGGCGGGUGUACGCCUUCAGCUGCCUCCUGAAAGCCGUGUGUCUGUGCGCGCCGCCUGGGGACGCUGCCUCCGUGGCCGCCGCCCUGAAAGCCUGCGACAUGGGCCUGCUGAUGGGGGCGGCCAUCCUCGGGGACAUCCUCCUUAAAGUCACUGCCGUCCUCCAGAAGCACCUGCUCUCUGGAAAAAGGCCCGCCCCCGGCCCGAGCCAGGAGCCGCUCGGCUUAAAGAAAGCAAGGAAUGACCACGUUCCGAUUCCAGAUAUGACGUCAGAAAGAACGGUGCCCCGGCUUCACUGUCCAUCCCUCCAGCAUUUCAGGAAGCACUUUUUGGAUCCAGGGAGGCCUGUGAUCUUGGAAGGUGUGGCCGACCACUGGCCGUGCAUGAAGAAGUGGAGUCUGGAGUACAUCCAAGAAACCGCCGGCUGCCGCACCGUCCCGGUAGAGGUCGGUUCCAGGUACACGGACGAGGAGUGGUCCCAGACGCUCAUGACUGUCAGUGAGUUCAUCAGCAAGUACAUCGCGAAUGAGCCGAAGGACAUCGGGUACCUUGCUCAGCACCAGCUCUUUGACCAGAUCCCGGAGCUGAAGCAGGACAUCAGCAUCCCCGAUUACUGCUGCCUGGGCGCCGGGGAGGAAGAGGAGAUCACCAUCAACGCCUGGUUCGGUCCCCAAGGCACCGUCUCCCCGCUUCACCAGGACCCCCAGCAGAACUUCCUAACCCAGGUGAUGGGCAGGAAGUACAUCCGGCUGUACUCCCCGCAGGAGUCAGAGGCCCUGUAUCCUCAUGACACGCACCUUCUUCACAACACGAGCCAGGUUGACGUGGAGAAUCCCGACGUGGAGAGGUUCCCCAGGUUUGCCGAGGCCCCAUUCCUGUCCUGCAUCCUGUCUCCGGGAGAGAUCCUCUUCAUCCCGGUGAAGUACUGGCAUUACGUGCGGGCUCUGGACUUGAGCUUCUCGGUCAGCUUCUGGUGGUCGUAGCCCGAGAGGAGGGUGCCCGGCAAGCAGACGCACUCGUGGUCACACGUCCUCCGCCCUGUGCCCGGCCCGGCCUGCGCCUGAGGACUCCCUCGCUGGGCACACGCAGGGCGAGGGGUGCCCAGGCCAGUGUGGGCAGUGGAGGGAGGCGGGUGGGACCCCAGAGGGACAUUCCAGGCCCACAACCCGCACAGAAGCUCCUGGGCUCUGAGGUUGGCUGCCUGGAUUCCAGCCUGGCCCUGUCGCUUAAUUGCUGUGUGAUUUGGGGCAAGAAACUGCACUGUGUGUCUCCAUCUGGAAAAUAGGGCAGCGCUAGUCCUCACCACAGAGGGCUCUAGGGAUGCGGUGUAGGCAGAGCUGCGCUACAAACCUCAGCGGCUGUCCCCAGUCUUCGUGAUUAUUACUGUUGUAAAUACUGGCCUGUCAGGACAGCCGUGGCCCGCAGGCUCUGGAGUGGGGUGGCCGUGGCCUGGUCACGGGGGUGGGUUCUUAUUGGCUUGCUCAGCUCAGGCCUCUGCUGGGCAGUGGGGAGCCUGGGGCAGUUUCUGUCUUGGUUACUUCAGAGAAGUGCACAGACCCGCUAGCUUGGCGAAUUUUCCACUCCACACCCUCCCAGCAACCAGUCCCCCAGUCAAGAAACAGAACCACCUGGCAGGCCCCCUCCUGCCCCUUGCUGUCUCCAUCGCCCAGGGGUCACUCCUCUCUGGAAGAGGGUUUUAGGCUAGGAGAGACCCAGGCUUCAGACUUUCCAUAAACACAUUUGUUUUGUUUGUAUAAAACACGGGUGGUUCUGUUUGAAUUUUGACCAGGUAAGGAUGCUGGGGGCAGGGGUGUCACAGACCUGCAGGAACAGCUGUGGAGGAGGCCCAGGGCCACGCCUCUACCUGCCAGGCCUCUCUCCCUCCGUGGUCACCUCAUGUCUGCUGGUCUGACCUGACUUCAGUCUCUUCCCUCUUGUAGCUAGCCUUCUCCCCGGGGGAGAAGAUGGCCCCAGCAGGUCAACUCCAGAUCCCAGCACCUCAGCCCACAGCUCAGAAACCUCAGGGAAGGUUCUGACCAUUGGGCCUGGGACCUUUGCCCGUUCUGGGGCGAUGCCGUGGGGCAGGGAGUGGCUGCUCUGAUUGGCGGGGCCUGGCUCACAGGCGCCCCCCCCCCCCCGAGUUACUGUGAGAAGCGGGGUGGGAAGCAUUGAUGGGCAGCUGAAACUAGCUACUAAUGUCCUCUGUAACCAGGCCAAGGAAUUUGAACCUUAUCAUGUAGGUCUUGGGGCUUCAGAGUUUUGAGCAGAGAGAUCAUCAGAAUAUAUGUUUGAUUCUCGGCAGGGAAGAGGAGGGGCUGAUGGUCAAAGCUGCAGGGAGGCUGUGGGUCUGAUGCCGUGGGUGAGCCCAGGCCAGGGCCGGGCGUGGAGGCCGGGCGAAUACGAGAGCUGUUUAGAAAGGAAUCGAGGGCUCUGUGAGCAAUUGCUUGUGAGGUCGUUUAUUCCCCUACCCAGCAUUAUUGAUAGCUAUUCGCCUCAUUUUUCAUAUGAAGAACUUAUAGCAGAUAUCAACGCCGCUGAAGGCAGUCAGGCAUAAAAUGGGGAUGCCACCAUGCCCACAGGCUCGCCGUCAGUGAGCAGACGGGCUGCAGACGAGCCGUAACUCCAGGGCUGCCUGCAUAACCCCCACUCCUUCCCCGGCUCCAGCUCCCACUGUGGCCCAGCCUUAGGAGCCCAUCCAUCCCAGCUGGCAGGCCCCACUCCUGCCGAGCCGCUGAUGACGAAGAGCGGUUCAUCUGUAAUGCCGUGGUUCUGAAGCUAGGGACUAGAGGAAGCGUUCAUUAAAACAUAUUGAGGCCUGGCCGCCUCGAGCAGGUGUCCCUUGUCAGAUGGGAAGAUGAAAUCUUCAUCUGCUCUCCGGGCAAGGCUCCCGUGUUGCUAGUAUCCCGGCUGGAGGGCUGGCUUCCGCUCUGAGGGGUGUGGACCGAAGGCGGCUUAGAAGAAAGGUGUCGACCAGCUGCUCGUAGGGCCAAGGGGAGGUGCAGGCACCCACCCACCGGAGCUGCAGAGAGGGCUGCUCGACACCCGCGUCCUGUGCCAGGCAGGGCGCGGCAUCGAGCAGGAUGGGCGCCCUGCCCUCCUUGUGUUUCGUGCUCUUGGGGGAUCCCGAGAGGAGACGGACAAUAAAAUAAGUAGUGCGGGUAGCGAUAAGUGCUGUGAAGGCAAGAGAACAGGGUGACGGUGGAAUGUGGCCACGGGGGAGGGGCUGGGGACAUGACUUUAAUAGCUGAUGUCUGAGUAGAAGCGUGAAGGACCUGGAAUCCAGAACUGACACAGAGACUUGAGGAAGGUGCUCCGAGCAGCAGGUGCAGCAGCCCAAGGCAGGAAAGCCGCGGCCUUGGGAGGGAGGACGGGGCCGGCGCAGCGCGAGCUGAGGGCGCUGAGGGAAGCGGGAGGGCAGCUGGGGUUGGCAGGGCCAGGACUGUGGCAGCAGGGGGAGGGAUGAAGGUGCUAAGCCAGGAGAGACGAGGGCUGAUCACGCUGCCCUGUGAGAAGAGCCCAGAAGGGGGAGACCGGAGGCCGGAAGAGCGGUGAGUGUCCCCGGUCCAGUAAUUCCUGGAGUGACACACUUGGGGCACCAGUGGGAGGGCAGAGCGGUGGGAGACAGGCUGUGCCCGGGGGCGGGCAGGGCCGGACCACAAAGGCCUUGAGUGCCAGGCAAGCGCUCUGGAACUUGGGGUUAGGGCUUUGGUUGGGCCAUGCCAAGGGGUCCUCAGGAAGUUCAUGCUGGCGUCACCGCAGGGGAGACUGGCAGCAGGAGGGCAGUGUCCCAGCAUCAGGUGC